AUGAUUUAUGAUGCCAAAAUAAUAGGAGUAGAGACUUAUUCUGAUAAUGUUUUAUACAAAUUACGUAUAAUAAAUUCACAAACAUUUGAACAAAGGGAUAUUAGAGUGAAGUAUAGUUUUUUAUCAGAUUUACAUUAAAAAUUGUAAGAUUUAAAUCCAGAUUAUUAAGUAUAUUUAUGUUUCAAUUUUUAAGUUACCAUAAUUUCCUAAGAAAGAAUUUUUUUAAUCCAUUUUUAGAGAAAAUAAGUUUAUUAAACAAAGUGAAUAAAUGAUUGCAGAAUAUAUAUCCUAAUUAAUAAAAUCACCACCUCCUUUAUGUAAACAAUUAUAUGAGUUUUUACGGGAUGGAACAGAUGCUAUUAGAUAAAAAGAAUUAUCAAAAGAAAUCACUUCUAGAUCAGAACUCUUAAAAUUGAUUAAAACAGAAAAAGUAAUUAAAAAAUCAUUAUUUGGUAAAACUAAACUUUGUACAUACUAAGGAAUAAGAGUAAUAUUGCAUAAAUUCUAUGUUCUAAAAUAUGAAAGUGAAUAAUUAUUUAGCCAUUAUUAUAAUACACAUUUAUAUUUUACAGAUUUCACUUUUAUUUGUAAAGUAAUACAUAUAUUCUUUUUACAUGAAAAACUCAAUUUUAUGGAUAGUAUGUUUGGAUCAAGUAAAUAACCAAGAUCAUGUAAAAAGUAGCAUUUUUCACAUGUAUUCUAGUAUAAGCAUAAAUAAGAUGUAGUCAAAUUAUACUCUAUUGAAAUAUAUGAAGGAUAAAAUCUAGAUGAAAUUAUCAAAGAUAAAAGAAUCAAAAAAAUUCCAUUCUCUAAUAUUGAACUUUGGAAUUUAAUUUAAAAGUUAUUGGAUGCAUUACUUUCCCUACAUAAUAAUUCUUGUUAUAAUAAUAGAAUAAUUCCAACAUCUAUUAUUAUUAAUAAAGAUAAUCUUAAAUUAACUGGAAUACAAGAACCUAAUGAAAAAUAUAAAGAUAAAUAUAUAAUUGAUGGAUAUGCUUUUAGAACUGAUUAAGAAUAUGAUACCAUUUAUUUUCCACCUGAAAAACUUAAUUCUUCUUAAUAUAAUCCUAAAUUGUCUGAUAGUUGGUAAUUUGGAGUCUGUAUUGUCAAAGCAGCACUCCUUUGUACUAAUAAAGAAUUAGAUGGGAUUCAUUAAUCAAAUAUAGUUCAUGAAUUAAUUUCAUAAAUUAAAAAUCAAUAUGGGUAAUCAAUUUAUUUUUAAUUUAGAUAAGUGAUGAAAUAGCCAAUAUCUUAAUGUUAAGUUUGAAAAAUUCCAUUCAACAAAGAGCUUCAAUUAAAGAACUACAUUCCUUAGCUUUUCAAAGUUGUGUCAUACCAUUUUAAAGGGUUUUCUUGAAUUAAACUUAAGAUCCUCAUGUGACCUUUAUUAGACUAAAUUCUAUAAAUACAAAAGAAUAACUAAGACUUACAGAUUAGCUUUCUAAAUCUACUAUGUUAUCAAUAAAAAUUAAUUUAUAUAAUCAGGAUGUUGAUAAUUAAGAAUUUGAUAAAUUUAUGUAAUUAUUAGGAAAUUUUGUAAUAAUUAGAGACAUUGAAAUAAUAUUAAAUAAGUAUAAAUAUUAUAUUAAUAUAUUAGAACAAGGAAUGUUAAUAUUAGUAGUGUUCUGAGUAGUUUAGCAUUUAUAAAAUCUUUGAUAAAUUUAAACAUAGAUUUAAAGGGAAUAUAGAUGGAUUAAAAUGACAUUAUAUAUGGAAUCUAAAUAUUGAAAUAAAUGACUUUGAUGAAACGUUUAACUUUAGAUUGUUCUAGUAUGGAUUUUAUCAAUUUUCUUAAAGCAGAAUUAGAUGAAAAAACAAAAAUGAUUUUUUAUUAUGAAUCAUAAUUAAUUUGA